AUGCCCGGCGUGUACGAGGGCACGAUUGCAAAUGGUCCUGAUGAUCUGUUACUGCCGACAAAAAACAGCAUCGUGAUGCACCGGAAGCUGGAGACUGCAAAUGCGCGAUUGCACCUAUAUACCGACUCUGGUCAUGGGUUCUCGUACCAGUAUGCGGCGCACUUCUCACAGCUUUUCAACGCCUUUCUAGAUGAUGCGAGCUUGACGCCGGUGACUAGUUGCCUCUAA